AAAAAAAAAAAAAAAAUUAUAUCAAUCAUAUCAAGGAAAAUAUGAAUAAUACCUCUUCAAACCAGUUCAAGAUGAAUCCCAAUGAAAGCAAUGAUUUUGGCACCAUCCUGGAUCCCCAAACGUUUAACUUGCUUACUAUCGUUGGUGGACAAGUUGUGGACACGCAACCUUUAUUCGAUAAAGAAGAUGGUGAGAUAGUUGAUAAUCAGCCACUUGACAAUCGGGGACCUACCUCCAAAAGUUCACUAAAUGUAAAUAAUAAUCCCUUCUUUGAACCCAAACCUUUUUUGUGCACAUUAGAAGACAUAAAACAAUUAGUGCACAUGAAUAUACCUGGAUACUUGUAUAAGGUCGCAAUCCUCAAAGAGAAACAACUAGAGAUAGCAAAAGAAGAAAAGGAGAGCCUAAUUCCUCUUGUCCUUCAUUUGGCGCACAAAAAAUUUAAAAAACCAAGUAACCAUGCUGACCGACAACAAUACGUGAAAGAUCAAAACCGUUACAUACAGCAUCUGUUGGGGGAUGUCAUGCCAGCUGGCGUAAUACGUAACUUCCUAGCAAAAAUAAAGAGAAAUGACGAGUGGUUGGUAAACGAAUAAGAUGGAGGCCCAUCUUUUCUAGGUGCGUAGGAUGUCAACGACAACAAAAAAAAAAAAAUUUUUAAAAAAAAAAAAAAAAAAAAAAUUAU